UAGAUGUUUAUAAUUUAGAAUACUCAUUAAAAUGGUGUGAAUUAGAUGAAAAAAUUAAUGUGACGCGAUAUGAAGACAAUUUAAUACGAGUUGCCUAAAAUUUAUAUGAGAAAAGUUAGUGAAAAUCGACCAAUUUCUUUGCAGAAAUUCACCGGGUUCGAACCAGCCAGCAGCAUCAGUAUCAGCAUCAGGUUCAAAUCGACGAUUGAAUAAUCAUGGUGUCUACCAGUAAAAUCAAAUCCGUCGAUUUUUACAGGAAAAUCCCAAGAGACUUGACUGAAGCAUCAUUAUCAGGUGCUGGAUUGUCAAUCCUAGCAGCCUUUUCCAUGAUCUUUUUAUUUGGAAUGGAAUUGAAUGAUUAUAUGAGAGUGAGCACCUCUACAUCAAUUGUUGUUGAUAAGAGUUCUGAUGGGGACUUUCUACGAAUUGAUUUCAAUAUGAGCUUUCCAGCAUUGUCUUGUGAAUUUGCUUCGGUUGAUGUCAGUGAUGUCCUGGGCACUAAUAGGUUGAAUAUAACUAAAACCAUACGCAAGUAUUCAAUAGAUUCCAGAUUAAACCCUACUGGUUCCGAGUUUCACUCAGGACCAGUUACAAAAGGUAUUAAGCAUGACGAGGAAACUGAUGAAGAAUAUGGAGAAGGUUCUGUUUUACUCAAUGGACACAAUUUUGAUAGAAUUUCACACAAGCAUGCUAUUUUGGUAGUGAAUUUCUAUGCCCCUUGGUGCGCUUGGAGCAAUCGACUGAAACCUUCGUGGGAGAAAGCAGCCAAAAUUAUAAGAGAAAGAUAUGACCCAGAAACUGAUGGACGUAUACUUCUGGGCAAGGUUGAUUGCACUGAAGAAGCUGAUCUGUGUAAAAGGAAUCACAUACAAGGAUAUCCAUCGAUUCGGAUCUUCCGUAAAGGAAGUGAUGUAAGGGAGGAUCAUGGCCACCAUGAGCAUGAGGCAUAUUAUGGCGACCGAGAUACGGACAGCCUAGUGAAGGUGAUGGAGGAUUUGGUUGCACCUAUUUCUUUUCAGUCGUCACAAGGUGGUCCUGAUAAUAUUGCCACAGAGAUAAAAGAUGACGCGAAAAGGCCUGCACCUUCAGCAGGAGGGUGUAGAAUUGAGGGUUUUGUGCGUGUGAAGAAGGUUCCAGGGAAUCUUAUCAUAUCUGCUCAUUCAGUUUCCCAUUCUUUUGAUGCUUCUCAAAUGAAUAUGUCACAUGUUAUUUCCCAUUUUUCUUUUGGUAAAAAAAUCACUCCAUGGGUCUUGAGUGAUAUGAAGCGACUGCUGCCACAUCUAGGUAGAAGCCAUGACCGCUUGAAUGGCUUGUCGUAUAUCAGUAAUCCGAGUGAUUCGAAUGCAAAUGUAACCAUUGAGCAUUAUCUUCAACCCGUAAAAAUUGAGGUGAUGACAAAAUCUUAUAAACUAGUUGAGGAAUAUGAGUACACUGCCCACAGUAGUUUGAUUCACAGUCUUCAAAUCCCUGUGGCGAAAUUUCAUUUUGAGCCAUCACCUAUGCAGGUUUUAAUAACCGAGGAUUCCAAGUCUUUUUCACACUUCAUUACAAAUGUCUGUGCCAUCAUCGGAGGUGUUUUCACGGUCGCUGGUAUCUUGGACUCCGUCCUACACAACGCAAUGAGGCUGGUGAAAAAAGUUGAACUGGGGAAGAAUUUCUGACCGGAAGUGGAAAUUAGCAAACAUGUAAAGAAGAAUACCAAUUUCUGUACACAUCAUUGACUGAUAUGCAUAGAUAAGUUAAAUCAAUUAGAUUGAGGAUCUUUUUGAGGAAAUUUUGAUGCGAUUUAAGGUUUAUCAUAAUUUUGGUACUCGUUCAUGAGAAUUGAGAGGACAUCUUCUUCGUUUAUCAUAAUUAAAACAGGGGGUCUUUUUUUUCAA